AUGUUUGGCAACGUUAUACUGUCCUCUGUGUUGGCACUGAGAAUCAUUGAAGACCAAAAGGAGGCAAUAACAAACAUAGUAGAGGGUCUAGAGGAUGACGAACAAGUGUUGUGCAAGUUAAUUUGCAAGUAUGGGUUUGAUGGCUCAUCAGGCCAGAGCGAAUAUAAACAAUGGUUUUCUUCUCCAGAGAGAACGGAUGAGAGCUUGUUCUGCACAACUGUGGUUCCUCUACAACUGAAAAGGGGUGAUCAGAUACUGUGGGAGAAUCCUGUGCCGUCCUCAAAGAGAUUCUGUAGACCUCUUCGCCUUAAGUUUGCGAAAGAAACUACGGAGCUAAGCCAGGAGGUGGAUGCAUCAAUAAGGCAGGAAAUUGACAGCCUGAAGCCUAUGGAUAGUUCUGUGGAUAUAACAUACGAGGUAGAAGCAGACUUGAAUACGGUAGCAGAUGUGAAGGUCAAUUAUGAACUCCAUCUCACAAUGGUUGACCAGAAGGUCAUUAACGCGCUCACCGAAACAAAAUCUUCAAUGAGAUACUAUAUCUGCCAUGCGACCCCAACGCAGUUCAACAACCUGGUUGAAGUGCAUUGCUCCGAUCCGAAGACAUAUGUGUAUGGCAUUUCGCCUCUUCACAAAUUGAUCGGGUGCUUCGAGAUGCUGCUUCACAUUGCUUACCGAACUGAGAUAAAGAAAUGGCGUGUAUCAUCGAAUGAAGACAAGGACGUGAUCAAAAGGAAAAAGAAAGUGAUCUAUGAUCGCUUCAAGGAAGAGCUUGGAAUCAAAGUGGAUGAACCUAAACAAGGUGCAGGAAAUACAAACGAUGGCAACACAGCUAGAAGAGCUUUCAAGAACGAAAAGGCCUUCGUAGAUAUUUGUGGUUUGGACGAAGGGCUAAUCCAUCGGUACAGAAUGAUUUUGUUGGCUUUAUUUUGCAAACUUCCAUUGGAUGCCAACAAGUUCGGAAAAUACUGUCGUGAAACAGCAGAGUUACAGUUGGAGCUCUACCCGUGGUAUCGAUUCCCUGUAAGCGUCCACGUAUUAUUAGUACAUGGUGCCACUAUCUUGUCAUCUUCAGUCCUGCCAAUCGGAAUGAUGAGUGAGGAGGCGCAAGAAGCCAGGAACAAAGACAAUAAGAUCUACAGACGAAUGCAUGCGAGAAAGACAUCUCGUACAGACACCAUGAGUGAUGUAUUCCACAGACUAAUGGUAACAGGUGACAUUGUGAUUAGCAGCAAGUCUUUAAGAGUACAACAAUCACAGCCUCUUCCUCCUGAUGUUCAAAGUAUGCUAAAAGAUCCUUACACCAAAGACCUAAUAGUCGGUGAGAUAGCAGAGAGAGACUCUGAUUCGGAAUAAUUUGUAUACGCUUGUCCUCUAGUUCAUGAGUGUCUGAAUGGAGAACAAGAUUCAGGAGGUUUACGUGGGAGUUUGUCCAGGACAGGUAACAGUAAGAGCUUGUCCGGACCAGCAAACGUAACACCUCCCUAGAAUCAGUGUUAGAUUGUCAGUCAUAUUCAUUCACUUUUGUCAAUCAGCAAUAUCAAAUUUAAAAAUUGAGAAUGGGUUGGCUCGAAUGAAUAUCUUUUGCCUGCCAGUUGUAAUUAGGCCCGUGAAACCGAAUGACUUAAAGCAUGACUGGUGACUCAGGUAAAUGAUCCCUGUGUGGCUGACGAAGCAUCGAAAAGUGUGUUCCAGUCGUGCGUGUAUAAAUGAAAACACCCACAUUGGCCCCGUCUUCCAAAGAGUUAUGAUUGAUCCGAUCAAUCGUAACUAUGGAAAUCCAUCAGUGUCUUAUAUGCAAAGAGAAGCGCGGUGAAUGUUCAAGAAAACAACGAAUGCAUGAAUAUACAUCAUAGGUAGAAAAUAUUUUGAACAAAUAUGCAUAAUAGAUGUUGAUGUUGCUGGCCGUCCAUAGUUACUAUUGAUCGGAUCAAUUGUAACUCUUUGUAAGACGGGGCCCUGGGGUUAGUUUCACAAAGAGUAAAAGUGUAAAAAUAGGGUCAUGCUUAAAUGCUGACGCACAUAUGAAUUGUAACGUGCAAUCUUAUUGCUUCAUAUGCAAUAGUGUGCGUCCCCUUAGCAUGAUUUGACAAAUGCCGUGAUGCCUUUUACACUGCAUGGAACUGGGAAUUUAAAUGCAUCUGUAUGUCACACUUAAAUCUUUGUGAAACGCCCCCUUG